AUACGCAAAUGUCAUGAAAAUUUCCCUCUUUUAACAAAAUUUCCCUUUUUACUCGCUGUUUCAACUUCCUUUUCGUGCUUGCGCUCUUUCCUUUUACAUCAAUAUGGCUGAUCAGCAAAACGAGAGAGCCUUCCAAAAACAAUUCGGCAUUAACCUAAACAGAAAGGUUAAGCCCGGUACCACCAAGAAGAAGUUGCUUCGCCGUUACCGUGAUAUCGGUUUGGGUUUCAAGACUCCCCGUGAUGCUAUUGAUGGCAGUUAUGUUGACAAGAAGUGUCCCUUCACCGGUAACGUAAGAAUUCGUGGCCGCAUCUUAACCGGUGCCGUACGUAAAACUAAAAUGCAACGUACCAUUGUUCUCCGUCGUGAUUACUUGCACUUUGUACGUAAAUACAGCCGUUUCGAAAAACGUCACAGGAACAUGAGUGCUCACUGCUCUCCUGCCUUCAGAGAUGUUGAAAUCGGCGAUAUUGUUACCAUUGGUGAAUGCCGUCCCUUGUCCAAGACCGUUCGUUUCAACGUAUUGAAGGUCUCCAAGGGUCAUGGUAUCAAGAAGAGUUUCAAGAAAUACUAAAUUUUACCAUAGAUAAAUGAUGCUUUUCUAUUUAGUUUGAUGUUCAAACUAUGCUCUUUGAUUUUUACAGACAAAAUAAAAAAAAUCGUUAAAAAAUCAAAAAAAAAAA